UCGUGGUAGUAUUGUGUAGGUUGGCUCCAUAGUUCGCAUCAUUCUCAGCCGACCGACGCGAUCACCAUAUGCCGUCGCGACGCUGGCGAAAGCGCGCCGAAGCUGACACAACGCAGCGUUACUUCUCUCGAAUUUGCAACAAACAUUCGUGAUUUUUGUCGUGAACAUGACUUGACGAACUUUCGUGUCUAAUGCUACGCUUUUACUCCCGUCUCGUCGUUCACUUGCGACGCUAUAACACAUACGCUAACUUCUCUAUUGUAUUUAUUCAACGUACGUAAGUUUGAUUCUGUUGUCAGGUGUUUGCGCGAACAGACUUUUGAAAGUUUCGCACUUGGAAAUACGUCAACAAACUUUUUACUCCACGCUCCGACUCGUGAAAUAUUGCAUCUUCUCCUAUUGCACUUGAUGACAUCCCCCGAGGUAUUCUCCGCAUGGACAUCCGAAUAAGGGACUAGCUUACGUCCGGAGUGCUUUACCCUAGAGGACGACAUUAUUUGAGUUUCGGUAUGCAGCGGAAAAUGUCAGUGAAGUAAUUCUUCCCUUGUAUGGCAUUCUGAGGAAUCCCAUUGCUAUAUAUAUUUCCAAAACACUGAAUCAACGAAAGUUUCAUUCUUCGUGUGCACAUGGACCAAUUCUAUACCGUCUUUUUCAAAUGAUACCUGUCCCAUUAUCAUGUGCAUGUUACUGCAAAUAGAAGAAGCGGAACGAAAAAUGGCCACCGAAAUGGUUAUUAAGCUCCAACAUCCUGUGAAAAAUAUGUGGCCGUAUUUAACAGAGAGCGCGAAAUUCAGCAGUAGUUGUCUUUUAAAUCUGCUGUGAAAUCCCCAUAAACGUAAUGGAUGUAUCUUUUACGGCGAACAUAGGACAGAAGGGUGCCGCUGUGAAUUCAGCGCGUACUAGUAACUUAAGCCUUUUAAAUUUGUCAUCGCUUUUAAACACCACGUUCGUACCAAUUAUGAUGACGCCAUUUAAGGUCGAUGUACAGUCUGCGUUGCGGUCUUCCAAUUUUAACGAGUCCUCCUUGGACACUUCUUCAACGAGACCUCCUGGUUCUACCAACGACGGAAUUAGUUCCUUUUACUUUUAUAAGACUGAACAGUUUACAGUAAUGUGGAUACUCUUCACGAUGAUAGUGGUGGGAAAUUCUGCUGUGCUUGUAACAUUACUCGUCAGCAAAAGUAGAAAAUCCAGAAUGAACUUCUUUAUCCGACAAUUGGCUAUCGCGGAUUUAGCCGUUGGUCUUAUCAACGUUUCGACAGAUAUCGUCUGGCGGAUCACUAUAGCCUGGUAUGCCGGAAAUGUAUUGUGUAAACUAAUCCGCUUCCUUCAGGCAGUUGUAACUUAUUCGUCAACGUACGUUCUCGUCGCCCUAUCCAUUGACCGCUACGACGCCAUUACCCAUCCCAUGAACUUUUCUGGCAGCUGGAAGCGAGCACGAAUAUUGGUCGGUGUUGCCUGGCUACUGAGUUCAAUAUUUUCCCUUCCCACGGCUUUCCUGUUCGAAGAGAAGCCCAUUGAGGGUGUACCCCAAUGUUGGAUCGAUCUAAAACCUUGGCAGUGGCGAGUCUACAUGACACUCGUGGCACUUGUAUUAUUCGUUUGUCCUGCAGUAAUAAUAAGUGCUUGUUAUGCAGUUAUCGUGUGGACCAUCUGGUCCAAGAGCAAAAUCCUAGUUCCAAUGGGUCACGUCUCACUUCGAACAAGUAGGUAACUAAUGAAUCUAAUCAG